CUCUCUAUAUUGCGAAAAUCCAAAAAACGGAUCCCAAACAAAACUGACCCUCAAAAUUUGAAAAACUCACAAUUUUACCCCCAAACCAAAAAAAACCCUAACUCCCGCCGCACAUGCACCAGAACGUAUAAAAAUAGGAAUUUGUAUAAUCCUCGUGCAUUUCUCUCAUUUCUUGAUGAAUAUUUGGGUAUCUGGAGAGGAGGAUUUGAUUCUGUGGGUUUAAUUUUGAUUUGAUUUGACUUGAUUAGGAUUAGGUUAGGGUUUCGAGGGAAUGGAAUGCUGCGGGGUUGGUGGUGAUGGAAGUGGGCAGUGAAGACGAUGACUGGUGGUGGCCGCAGAUGUCAGAGGCGACGGAAAACCAUGGCUGGUGGUAGGGUUGCCCAAGCCACCACCGAAACCACCGAAUCGAAAGAACAAGAUAGUAAUAAUUGCCCUAAUUUGACACCUGAAUUUACUGAAAAGCCCUCGAGUUCCAAGAAAAUUACGAAACUACCCCCGUCCCCCAUAAUUGAGUCAGAUUUCUACACUCAAGCUCUUAAAGCUCUCUCUUUCCGCUCUCCCUUUGAUUCUGACGACUCUCAGGCUCUUUCAGCUCCUAUAUCGGGUGCUUAUAAUCUUCCCAGUGGGGUGUCUCAUUUCUUAAACAGACACUCCGAUAGUCGGAAAAGGCAAAAGAAGUCGCAUUUGGGUUCAGAGAAGAAGUCGUCGGUCUCGGGCCGGCCUCGUGGAGGUAACAUUUGGGUUGAGACCGAGGAGUAUUUUCGAGAACUGAAUGUGGAGGACGUUGAGAGGCUCCACAAGGUCUCAAAUGUCAGGUUCUCUGGCGACGAGAAGUUCUUCUUUGUCCCUACUUCUUAUAAUAGUGAAAAUUUGCUCACUCGAUAUGCAGUUUACAACAGCAUGCUUGCAAGUGCUUGUCAAAAUGAUAGUUCUAGUUCAGCAAAUGGAUUUGAAAUGGAUCAUGAUGUUAAGGAUGAGGUUGAUGGAAUAAUGAACGCAGAGAAUGAUCUGGAUAUUAUGGACGUUGAGAGUUUGGGUGGAGAAAAUACGGAGUCAGCUACUAAAGAAGAAAAAUAUGUAGAAGAGGGUGACAAUUGUGAAAAGGACACUUCAUCUUUUAGUGGAAUAGAAUGGCUCUUAGGAUGUAGGAAUAAGGUUUAUUUGGCUUUGGAGCGUCCCUCUAAGAAACGGAAGCUUUUAGGCAGAGAUGCAGGGUUCGAGAAGCUUCUCCUGGUUCAUCCGGUUGAAGGGUCUGAUUUGUUAUGUCAUUACUGUAGUUUUGGUGACACGGGCAACCAGUUGAAUUGCUUGAUUAAGUGCAGUUCUUGUGCCAUGGUGGUCCAUCAGAGGUGUUAUGGAGUUCAGGAAGACGUUGAUAGUUCUUGGUUGUGUGCAUGGUGUAAGAGGAAGAAUGAUGUGGGGUUCAAUAGUGAGAGGCCGUGUUUGCUGUGUCCAAAGCCCGGUGGUGCUUUGAAGCCUGUGCAAAAGAGAGGCUUCCCUAUUGAGAGCGAGGGGUCUGAGGUAUUGUUUGCUCACUUGUUUUGUUGCCAGUGGACACCUGACUUAUAUUUGGAGAACACUAGGACAAUGGAGCCAAUAAUGAAUCUUGAUGAAGUAAAGGACUCUCGAAGGAAGUUAAUUUGUUAUUUGUGCAAGGAUAAGUUUGGUGCCUGUGUUCGAUGCAGUAACGGUAUGUCCUGCUGCUUUCCUUAUGUAACCGCAGUCUACAUUUCUUUGUUGGAUGACAGGACAGAAGAAUGUUGCUUUAAUUGGAAUCUAUAUAUCCGCGAAUUUGAUCUUUUGGAGAAAUCUGGCUUAUUAUUUGUAAAACCAUUUUGUAAAGGUGAACAUAAUAAGAAGAUACAAACUGAUAAAAUUGCUGUUUAUUCUAAUGCUGACAUGAAGCAGCAAUUUAUGUAUGGUUGUGUUAUUGGGAGAUUUCCACAAUCUGUUUCUUUAAAAGAACAUGUACGUUUUGUUCAUGUUAUCUUAGUUAUAUUAUUUUUGAAAGCUGAAUAUUUUUCUGCAUCUUUAUUUGAAUAUACAUGCAAUGGCUUUAAAUUCUUAUCAAAUGUAAUCCACCAAAAAUGGUUUCUUCGGUUUGCUCCCUUGUGGGAUUUUGGUGCAAAUUACUUCAGGAACCAAAUUGUGGUUGACACUAUGCAGAUUGGUAAAGGUUAUGUUAAAAUGGAGUUAGCAAGAGGAAUGCUUCAUGUUGUUGAGUUACGUGCAUUUUGCUUGAAACAUUCAAAGGCCCAGAAUAACCGUGGAGCUCAACAGACUGGAGAUACUUCUUUAGCAGUUGAUUCUGUUUCUAACGUAAUGCAUCAACAGAUGGCAUCGACAGCAAACGAGCCUCGCAAGUUACAAACUGGCCAAAGUAAUGGUGAUAAAUUGGGCGAUCAUAUUAAAACAACUGAUGUGGAUCGAAGCAAGCUGGAUGGUAAUAUAUUGCAUGAACAAUUGUUAGAUAAUAGGUCAAAUGCCAAAUCUCAGCUGGAAAGUGGUGAUGCACAGCACCCUGUAGAUAAUGAUGCAUUGGAUAGGAACAGUAACAAAUAUGUCAAUGCUUGUGAUUCUUUGAAUUUUAUCAGGAUACUGAAGAAGUUAAUUGAUCUGGGAAAAGUUGAUUUAAGAAACGUGGCUUCGGAGAUUGGUGUAUCACCUGAUUUACUGAGCAAAAUAUUCAUUGAUAAUCAUAUGGUUCCUGAGUUGCAAUGUAAAAUAAUGAAUUGGUUGAGAAAUCAUGCUUAUAUUAGCAGCUUUCAGAAAACUCUGAAAGUGAAAAUGCGAUGUGGAGUACCUCCAAAAGAUGGGGUCAAUGUAGCUGAUGGUGUAGGUGCUGUUUUCGUGGAGGAAUCUGAUAUCUCUGAUGUUGUCCCUGUUAAAUCUGUUCCACCUCGAAGAAGAACAAAGAGCAACAUUCGGAUUGUGAAAGAUGAGCAUUUAAGCUUUUCUAAGGAAAAGAUUAAUGAUGAUGGAAUAAUAAAGGCUGAUGUUGAAAAUGGCCUUUUUGAUGGGGAAGACUCAAAUGGUCUAGGUGGGGAGUAUGUUCUUGAUGGAACCAAGAAGAUCACGGCUAAUCCAGCGCAGCACCAAGAUAAUCCAGCAAACAGUUCUCUUAAAAUUGAAUGUGGUUGGUCUGUUCGCCCAUAUGAGCCGUUAAAAGCUUUGAGCCAAAGUCAUACAGAUGAUUGUCAAGUUGGGGGGGCCACAGCAACUGAGCGGAAUACUCCUGCAAAUUCUGAUAUGGAGAAUAAUCCUUCACUCUUGCCGAUAAAUUGGGAAGCUAUGUCCAAUUCUUACAUACACCCAUUUAUAUACAGCAAACUGAUGCAAAUAAAAAAUGGCUUAGGAGAAAGAGAAGUUACACACUUAGAAGCCUCGUCUAGUUCAGGCUUUUGCUGUAAUAAUCACAAAUUACAAUCAACUCCUGGUGAUCAGACUAUCAAGUGCGAUGGAGUAGAUCUUGAUCUGUUGGUCAAGGCGAGAAAUGUGGGUCUCUUAAAACUGUCUCCAGAAGAUGAAGUAGAAGGGGAGCUUAUCUAUUAUCAGCACAGACUGCUUCGUAAUGCUGUUGCCAGGAAACACUUUAGUGAUGAUUUGAUACGUAAGGUUGUUAGGAUUCUUCCACAGGAGAUUGAUGUGGCAGGAAAACAAAAAUGGGAUGAUGUGUGUGUUAGUCAGUACCUCUAUGAGCUUAGGGAAGCAAAAAAGCAGGGAAGAAAAGAAAGGCGGCAUAAGGAAGCUCAGGCCGUAUUGGCUGCUGCAACUGCUGCAGCUGCAGCUUCCUCUAGGCUAUCAUCCAUUAGGAAAGAUGCCCUUGAAGAACCUGCACUCCAGCAGGAUCUUCCAAAGAUGAGUGCAUCUGAUGGAAGGUCCGUGUUAUACUCUCAGCAGAAUCCUCGAGUGAGAGAGAUUUUUUCAAGAUCCGCUGUUGCAAGGCCUUUGUCAGAUACGAACUCUGAUAUUUUCCAGUUAGCUCCAGACUUUUCUAGAGAGCAUACUCGGACAUGUGAUAUCUGCAGUCGGUCCGAGACAUUUCUCAAUCCAAUUUUAGUCUGUUCAAAAUGCAAGGUUGCAGUUCACAUAGAUUGUUAUUGUAGUAUCAAAAGCUCAACAGGGCCAUGGCAUUGUGAAUUAUGUGAAAACUUGUUUUCUUCUCAAAGCUCUGGACCUCCAGCUACUAAUUCCUGGGAGAAGCCUUAUUUUGUUGCAGAAUGUGGUCUAUGUGGUGGGACUGCAGGUGCUUUUAGAAAGUCAGUUGAUGGUCAAUGGAUUCACGCGUUCUGUGCUGAAUGGGUGUUAGAUUCAACAUUUAGAAGGGGUCAAAUAAAUCCUAUUGAGGGAAUGGAAACAGUGUGCAGGGGAAGUGAACUGUGCAUUGUGUGCCUCCGGAAACAUGGUGUCUGCCUGAAGUGUAGUCAUGGUCACUGUCAGAGCACCUUCCAUCCUACUUGUGCUAGAAGUGCUGGUUUCUACAUGAAUGUGAGGACUGAAGGAGGCAAGUUGCAGCACAAGGCUUAUUGUGAAAAACAUAGCAUAGAACAGAGAUCGAAGCCUGACAUUCAGAGGUGUGGACUCGAAGAAUUUAAGGGUCUUAAACAAAUCAGGGUUGAAUUGGAAAGACUGCGUCUUCUAUGUGAAAGAAUCGUCAGACGAGAGAAAUUGAAACGUGAAUUGGCUCUUUGUUCACAUGGUAUUCUUGCUUCAAGUCGAGACUCUGUUCUGUCUGCUUUGGCUCGUCAUCCUUUUUAUCAAACUGAUGUUAGUUCAGAAUCAGCUACAACCUCAAUCAAGGGUUAUACCUAUGACUACAAACCAGGAAGUGAAACAGUGCAAAUAGCAGAUGACAUGACAGUAGAUAGCACAACUACAGGUAAAAGGCGGGUUAAGCUUCCCAUGUCCAUGGACAAUGACCCAAAAACAGAUGACAGUUCUACAUCCCAAAACCAUUCAACCCUAAAACCUAUUGAGAGGAUUUCAUUUUCUGGGAAGCAAAUUCCUAAGAGACUUUCUGUUGCAUCUCGGAAUAUUUUGGAUGAUGUGGACAAGCGGUCACAAUAUAGAAAUCAUACUGAAACUUUUGAAAAGGAGUUGGUGAUGACAUCAGAUCAAGCAUCUAUGAAGAAUCAGCGGUUACCUAAAGGAUUUGUUUAUGUACCCAUUCGAUCCCUUUCUAAGGACAAGGAGACUACAGAUUCAAGUUCACAAGAACCAGCAGAACAAAAUGGAGAGACUUGAUUCUUUAGAAUCUUAGAUGCAUUGUUUAAUGUUGGAAAUUCCCAUUGUGGAAUAUUCUCUUUCAUGGCACUACAAGGGCUGCCUACCCCCGCCCCCCUCUUUUCAUUGUUGGGAUGAGGAAGUUUUAUGUCUUUGUUGUACAUGCAUGUCUGAGUACACUGUGUACAGUGGGCUGGGGUUUUUUACCGUUGCAUGUAUCUCAAGCGGCUCAAUGUGUUUAGUUAGGUUGCUUUUUCCUUCUUUUAAC